GAAUUGAAGGAGAAGAUCAGAAGAAGAAGAUGAUGAUGAUGAUGGGUAAUUAUGUCUGGUCUCAGCUAGGCCCUUCACUUGCAACACUAAUGUUCAUGUGGACCAUGUACCAUAACUUUAUCUACACUCAUGCCUACAAAAUUUACUGCUUUUUCUACCCAUACAUCCAGAUCACCUUCCAUGAGUUUGAAAACGAGGAGCUCCCCGGCCGCAGCAAACUAUUCGUGGAGAUCGAGAGGUACCUAAGCUAUAAUUCCUCCAAAAAUGCCAAGCGCCUGGUGGCCAAAGGCGUCAAGGACAGCACCCAGGCGUUGGUUCUCACCAUUGACAACCACGAAGAGGUGAGCGAUGUGUUUGAAGGGAUUAAGGUUUGGUGGAGCUCCAAUCACUACACUCCCAACCGACAAAAGGAGGCCAAGCGGCGGUUCUUCAAGCUUAAGUUUCACGGGAAGAACCGAGACAUCAUCACUGGGUCUUACCUCAAACAUGUUUUGGACGAGGGAGAAGCCAUAGCUGUGAGGGACAGGAAGCGGAAGCUUUACACCAACAACAAGAGCGAAAGCUGGGUCGGGUGGAAGAGCACCAAGUGGAGCCAUGUCAUCUUCAACCACCCUUCCAAUUUCAACACUCUAGCCAUGGAACCAAACCGGAAGCAGGAAAUCAUGGAAGAGCUUCACAAUUUCACAAACUUGAAGGACUAUUAUGCCAAGAUAGGGAAGGCCUGGAAGCGGGGAUAUCUCCUCCACGGCCCGCCCGGGACAGGGAAGUCUAGCAUGAUCGCCGCCAUGGCCAAUCUUCUGCAAUACGAUGUGUAUGAUCUUGAGCUCACAGCGGUGAAGGAUAACAGCGACCUGAGGAAGCUAUUGAUAGAAACUUCCUGCAAGUCCAUCAUUGUAAUCGAAGAUAUCGAUUGCUCUCUUGACCUAACAGGCCAGAGGAAGAAGUUGGAGAAAGAAAAGAAAGAUCCAAUCAAGAAGGAAUUACUCAAGGAGAAGGAGAAGAGCAGUAAGGUGACUCUAUCAGGCCUUCUAAACGUCAUCGAUGGACUCUGGUCAGCCAUUGGAGAAGAAAGAAUCAUAGUUUUCACCACCAAUUACAUCCAAAAGCUCGACCCUGCUCUGAUUCGGAGAGGGAGGAUGGACAACCAUAUUGAGCUCUCCUAUUGUUGCUUUGAAGCUUUCAAGGUUCUGGCCAAAAACUAUCUGGACCUUGAAUCCCACCAACUUUUUCCAGAAAUCAGAGGAUUGCUGGGGGAAACUAAAAUCACCCCUGCAGAUGUUGCUGAGAAUUUGAUGCCCAAAUCUGGCCGAGAGAAAGCAGAUACGUGCCUGGAGAGAUUGAUCAAGGCCCUGGAAACUGCAAAAGAAGAAGCCAGGUUGAAAGCUGAGGAAGAAGAGAGAACCAAAGAGAAAGAAGCAGCAGAAGAUACCAAGAAAGCUGAGAGCUUGGUUAAGGAAAAUUUUAAUGGCGAUACCAAGAAAAGUGACACCAUGGCUAAAGAAAAUGGUGAUAAGCACAGAGGCCCUGUUUAA